AUGACCUUCAUGAAAACCAUGUUGAAAUCUAUUCUUCCUUCAUCUUGUUUCCAAGGAGAGUAUCCAUCACCAAAACCAAAGAAAGUUGUAUCAACAAAACCAAGAAACUCAUCAACAUCAACUUCAACUCAUAGGAUUUCUAUAGAAGAUUUGAAUUCUCCAAACAUGACUUUAUCAGAAGAUUUGUCUAUGUCUCUUUCUCUAGCAGGGUCUAAUCUCUAUAAGUUCACGGUUCUUGAACUUAAAGCUAUAACACAGCACUUUUCUUCCAGUAAUUUUCUCGGCGAAGGAGGGUUCGGCCCGGUUCAUAAAGGGUUUAUCGACGAUAGGGUUAGACCCGGUUUGAAAGCUCAACCUGUUGCUGUUAAACUCUUGGACUUGGAAAGUAAACAAGGGCACAAAGAGUGGUUGACUGAAGUUGUUGUUCUUGGACAAUUAAGGCAUCGACAUCUUGUGAAGCUAAUAGGAUAUUGUAUUGAAGAUGAACAUAGACUUUUGGUAUAUGAAUAUUUACCAAGAGGAAGCUUGGAAAAUCAAUUAUUUAGAAGAUUCACAGCAUCAUUGCCAUGGUCAACAAGAAUGAAAAUUGCUGUUGGAGCUGCAAAAGGUUUAGCAUUUCUUCAUGAAGCUGAGCAGCCUGUUAUUUAUAGAGAUUUCAAAGCUUCAAACAUCUUGCUAGACUCCGACUACAAUGCAAAACUCUCUGAUUUUGGAUUGGCAAAAGAUGGGCCUGAAGGAGAUGACACCCAUGUUUCAACAAGAGUGAUGGGUACUCAAGGCUAUGCUGCACCAGAAUAUGUCAUGACAGGUCACUUGACAGCUAAGAGUGAUGUGUAUAGCUUUGGAGUUGUUUUAUUGGAAUUGCUAACAGGGAGAAAGUCAGUGGAUAAAACCCGUCCUACAAGGGAACAAAACCUAGUUGAUUGGGCAAGACCAAUGUUAAUUGAUUCGAGAAAACUUAGCAAAAUAAUGGAUCCAAAACUUGAAGGACAGUAUUCUGAAAUGGGUACUAAAAAAGCAGCAUCAUUGGCUUAUCAGUGUCUUAGCCAUAGGCCCAAGAGUAGGCCCACAAUGAGCAAUGUGGUUAAGAUAUUGGAACCUCUACAAGAUUUUGAUGAUAUUCCAAUUGGCCCCUUUGUUUACACUGUUCCAGUUGAUAAUAAUGAGGUGGUUAAAGAAAAAGAUCAAGCAAAGGAAGAUGAAUCAACAACUAAGGAGAGGAAAAGAGAAAAUGGUCAAUAUCAUAGGAAUGGUCAUAGGCAUCAUCCACUUAAAUCCCCUAGGUCGCCGAUGCCUCAAUCGCAAUCACAACGGCCGCAAUCACAGCAGCGGCCUCGUGUGCGGAUUGUAGGGCAUCAAAAUGGUAGAGGAAGUGCAUCUAAUUCUCCUUCUCCUCGUGUGCAAUUUGACAUGCAACAUAAUGGUAGAGGAAGUGCUUUGAAUUCUCCUUCUCCUUCACCACAUAAAAAAAGCUAUGAAACUUAG